AUGAGCAAUUCUCUCAUAGUUUUGGAUUCUGAAGAUGAUAAUGAAGAUAGUAAUAGUACUCCAGUUCAACAAAGUGGAUCUACGGCUAAUUUAGCAAGUUUGGCAACGACAACUAAUUUGUGUAGGGUGAGUUACAUUUUCCAAAAAAUAAAAAAAUCGUGUUUUUUUUUGAAAGCUCGACACUUUUCUUUAAAUCACAGAGAUUCCGAAAAAAGUUUUAGAUUUCUCAAAAAAAUAGUCCGACGAAGUUCCAAAAGCUUCUUGAAGUAGACAACUCAUUUAAAAACUCUGAAAAGUUCAUAAUUGUCCCUGACUCACUAAUAGCUAAACAUAAGAUUCUAGGUCUGUGGAGCUGAAAAAGCGGCGAUGCACUACGGUGCUCUGAGUUGUGUAGGCUGUAAGGGAUUUUUCCGGCGAGCUCUUCUCAAAGCCGAUCAACUCGAAUGCGCUUUGGACGGGUGUUGUCCAGUUUCAUGUUACCGUAAGUGAUUUCAUUGAUUUACUAACAAAAAUUAUGUUUUUUUUUAGAAAAAAACAAUUGCCGAAGUUGUCGUUUCAAUAAAUGUCUGAACGAAGGAAUGAAGCCGGCAUGUGAGUUUCUACCAAAAAAUAUAAUUUCAAAUACUUUUUUUAGUUGUGAGGCCAAAUCGAGAUAUUCCACCGAAGCCUAGAAAACCACCGCCUGUUGUUUCUUGCGAAUUGGGUGAAAAAGGAAAGACUGUGAAGACACGGGAAGAAUGGAUGAAGAAAAUGACUGUUGAGAUGAGAACUGUGUUGAUGAAUUUGUUAAAUAUUGAGACGAAAAUUAUGAAGGUUUGUAAUUUUUCACAAAUGGUUCCAAAAACAUUAUCUAGACAUUUGAAGAAUUUUUGUUCUCAAAACAAAACCCAUUUUUUCUUUCAAAUUUUCAGGGUGAUACAAAUGAUCAUGCUUCAAAACUAUAUCCAUUGAAAGGAAUCGAUAAACUUAGAGAUAUCAUCGAAAAUCCAGUUUCAUUGAGAGGAAAACGAACUGAGGUAAAUAGAAUUUUUCAAAAAAUAUACAAAAUUUCAAUUUUUUACAGAUGAGAUACGAGGGUUAUCGAAUGGCUGCAAAUAAUGAAUUAUGUGCAAUUGCUUAUCGAAGAUUGAUUGCUGCUAUUGAUUGGAUUGAACAAUUAUCACCAUUAUUAGGACAUUUAUCAGUUGAGGAUAAGGUAAAUUGAAUUCAGACUAAAAUAUUAAAGUUUUCAAAAAAAAAAAACAAAUAUAGAUCUCCUUGGUGAAAAACUCUUUCGCUCCAUUGAUGAUUUUCAAUUUCGCCGCGCGGACAGCCGAAUGUUGCACCGAUAAAAAUAUUCUAUGUUUGUGCAAUUUCGCAUAUGUGCCAAGGAAUAUUUCAAAAAUGUACUCGGAUACCUAGUUAGUUUUUGAAGGGGAAAUUUUGGGGUAGAGAAACUUUAACUCUAAUUUUGUCUAACUUUACGACGUCACAGCUCAUGCUCCAAGUUUAGAUAAGCUUGAGAUAACCUGAUAAACCUUAAAAAAUUUCAGUCAUCUGGGAAACGGUUUGGUAGAACGAACAUUGAAUGAAUUAGUGGAUGUUUAUCGAGAAUAUGGGAUGAAAGAAGAGGAAAUUGUAUGCGUAAAUGCGUUGCUUUGUUUGAAUCCAUGUGAGUUUCAAUAAUGAAGAAAAGUCUUCGAGCCCUUCUAAACUUCAAAAUUGACAUAUUUUCAGUAGCCAAGGAUUUGAGCGAGGAGUUGUUCGAAAAAGUGGUGGAUUUGAGAAAUAGAAUUUCUGAUUGCCUAUUUUCAAUUGUGAAGGAGGUGCGAUUGAGUCCAACUCCGAAUGUAUGUUAUGGACAUAUUUUGAUGUCACUUUCUACAGUUUCGGUGAGUUAGGAAAACUUUUUGGGAUAUGAAGCUAUAAGACCAGGCUGUGAAAAGAUAAAACCCAAAAAACUUGAUAGAAAAUCUAAAUAUCCAAAUUUUUCUAGGAACUUGCGAACUCAAUGAGCGAAAACCUUCAAUUUGCCCAAACAUUUUCGGUCCAAGGAGAAAUCCCACUUCUCACUGAUUUAUUUGGAUGUUUCACAGUCGAUCCAUUUUUCAAAGACAUCGACACAUCAAACAAAUUCUCCAACUUAGAAAUCGAGAAAACUGCCCGAAAAGAAAUCGCAACUCAAACCGAUAAAGUUCCUCCGCCAAGAAUUGUUUUGAAAAGACACGCAACAAUUGAGGAAGAAGAUGUCCCAGCGAGACAGAGUUUCAGACUUUUGCAACCUCCAACAAAUUUUUAUAUCACGGAAAUGUUUGAUGAUUUGAGAGUGAGUUAGAGAAUAUUUGAAAGUCAAAGCAGUGUGACCAAAAUUUAGCAACAAAAAUUUCCGCUUUCAGAACAACUCUGUGGACAACGCAAUCGACAAUCUAACCUAUGAUGCAUCAACAUUUUCAAGAACAAAUCAACAACAUCAAGAGCCCCAACAAUAUCAAGAUUUCGAUCCAAACGUCCCAUCAACAUCCUAUCAACAUAUCCCACCCCCUUCAAAUUACCCACCUCUAAACGCCGGUUAUCAUCCAAAUGUGAAUUAUCCCGAUUUGUAUCAACAACCACAAUAUUCCCAAUAUUAUCCUGAUUCUGAACAUCAACAACAACAUCCGCAACAACAAUAUAACAAUUAUUAUAAUCAUAAUCAUAUUCCAAAUCAUGUUCCAAAUCCUUAUCAACAAAUGCAUAAUAAUACAUCAACAUAUCCAUCAAAUCAAUUCGCGUCCUAG